UUGUACUGUUUGUCAAACUAAAAUGUUAAUUAUUGCUUUAGUUAUUUAUUUUUGAUAAAAUCGAUUAAUAUGGGGACCGAAGUUGCUAUAUCUUUUAGUUCUUUACGUGCUCAAUUAGAGAGUGAGAAAAGUAGUUUGUUUAAGAUAGAUGAAAACAUAAAGAAAAUAGUACAAACUUCCGGACGAUUUACAGAUAGAUUUAACGCAUCAGGGGAUUACCAAAGAGGUGGUUCGCGGAUUGGUGGUCGUAAUUCAUACCCAGACGUAACUAACAACUACAAAAAUGAUGACCAAACCAGACGCAAAUAUGAAACAAAAACUGUGUUCAGCAGAUUGUCAGCCAGAGCCCAUGACAGCGAUGGUGAAGAAGAAGGUCCGGGGUCCAAGAGAGCCCGCAUGCCUUCAGCUGUAUGCCGGGAGUUGCCCACCAGAGCUGCAGUGUUACGAGCUCAGGGGGAUGAUGAGCAGGCGAGAACGAGAAAUAGAAGAAUAUUUGGCUCCCUGCUGGGGACCCUGCAGAAGUUUAAACAGGAGGAGAUUGUGCUGCAGACUAAAGAAGACAAGAAAGCUCAAGUGGAAAGAAAGAUAGAAGAACAGGCAAGACAAGAAAAAGAAAGAGAACAGAAGGAACGCAAAACCUUAUUUGCUGAGAGGGAACAUAAGAAAGCAUCCAUCAAAGCUCUAGAAGCCAAAAUGGGGCGAGUUCAGGAAUUUGAAAAGUGGGAAGCCUCCCAGCGAUGCUUAGAAAACUUUAUAUUGACUAAAGCAAGUCCCAAUAUCUAUUGGCUACCAAAGAAAAUGUCCGAAAAAGCACAGGAAAAAUUGGAGGAAAGUAGCAAGUAUCAUCAAAAAUGCCUAUUGCGAAAACGUCAAGAGUUACAGGAAGAAUUACGCAGAAUAGAGCAGAAGUGCAUGCGGCCGCGCGGCUUCGCGGCUAAAGAGAACGCACUGGACGCGACGCAGGUGCAGGGCGGCGAGCCGGCCGGCGGGGCGGGAACGCCGGGGGGGCGGGGCGAGCCGGUCACCGGGGCGGGGCCACCAGGGGGGCGGGGCGAGCGCGGAAGCAAGCGAGACAAGUUUGCGAUGGACGUGGACGAGAAAGACCGGGACGACAGCGACGCCGACGAGCGGCCCGCCGGGGGCGACGACGGGGGGCGCGGCGAGGACGGACCAGAUUCCGAGGAAAGUAAAAUGGACACGACUAUUGAGCAGAACACGUCCGUGGUUGUCGACGACAUUAAGAAUAUCACUACCGACACUAACGACAUCAGCGCCGCUGACACUAGUUCCACUAACGAUACUAGCGCCGUUGACACUAGUGUCACGAUGGAUACUAGUGCCGCUGACACUAAUGUCACCAACGACACCACUGCCGCUACCACUAUUGUUGCUAACGACACUAGUGCCUCAAACACUAGUGUUACUAACGAAACUAGGGAUACUAAUGAUACCAGCACUGCUAAUAGUAGCGUCGUUAAUGACAGCAGCGCAGCUAACACUAGUGUUACUAAUGACAUCAGCGCAGCUAACACUAGUGUUACUAAUGAUUCCAGCGCCGCUACCACUGGCGCCAUUAUUGAAACUAAUGACAGUACAAGUGUCUCUGAGGAAACUAGCACGGUGUCAAACAACACUCAGGACACUAAAGAUGACAAAACUGAUCAUUCCUAAUAUCUAGUUAACAUGCACGCUAAUUUUUUCAUUGCCUUACAUCUGCGGCCCGUUUUAUCUCUGAUCGAAAGUAGCUUGAGGUAAAUUGCAAAUACUAGACUGACUGACUACGUCAGAGUAAAAUGAACUUAUUUGCCUCAGUUUAAACCUCAAAUAUUGGAAAUAUAAAAACCAAAACCACGCAAUUUGCGACUCUAAGUGCAGUUCUAUUAAGUCCAUUUUACUUUGAAGUUAUAUUAUGUCUAUACUCGAAAACGACAAUACGAUUGCGAGAAUGCAAAAAUAGUAGAUUGACUAGGCGAAAUAGUUAUAGGUAUCGCAACGGCACCGUUGCUCGCAGACGUAAUAUCGUGUUUCUUAAUGCACCAAAUUUGUUAUUCUCUAACAGACCUUCCGCUCUCGUUGAAGGUUUGCAGCAACCAUUCUGCAGUUAGUAGAGUGUGCUUCGAGUGAUUGACCGAAACAGUCGUAGAUGUCGCUUUGCUCGCAAGCGCUAUAGGAUAUUUCUUACUGCAUCGGUGAUACUCAUUGCAAACAAAAACACUAGAAGUUUCAAAGGUGCUUAUGAAGAGGACUUUGGCUAACAGACCUUCCGCUCUCGUUGAAGGUUUGCAGCAACCAUUCUGCAGUUAGUAGAGUGUGCUUCGAGUGAUUGACCGAAACAGUCGUAGAUGUCGCCGCCGCGUCGCUUUGGUCGCAAGCGCUAUAGGAUAUUUCUUACUGCAUCGGUGAUACUCAUUGCAAACAAAAAGACUAGAAGUUUCAAAGGUGCUUAUGAAGAGGACUUUGGCUAACAGACCUUCCGCUCUCGUUGAAGGUUUGCAGCAACCAUUCUGCAGUUAGUAGAGUGUGCUUCGAGUGAUUGACCGAAACAGUCGUAGAUGUCGUCGCCGCGUCGCUUUGCUCGCAAGCGCUAUAGGAUAUUUCUUACUGCAUCGGUGAUACUCAUUGCAAACAAAAAGACUAGAAGUUUCAAAGGUGCUUAUGAAGAGGACUUUGGAAUGAAUGUUUUUUUUUUAUUUUUUAUUAUUUAGUCGAAUUUACCUUUUUAUUUUUGCCAUAGCAUUAGACAAAUUGAAUAGGUCACGUUUAAGAAGGGAAAAAGUUGCUGUGUGUUAUACAUGCUAGAACGUCACUAGAGUUUUUUAAGAUGUUAUAGUUUAUUCAGCACAAGAGUUUAUAAAAACAUCCCUUCACGUUUUCUAGGUAUUUAGUUAAAUAGAUAUGAAAAUAAAUGAAAGUGGUUUGAAUAUUUUAGUAUAGAGCCUGACUUACUUACUGUCCGCUAUUUGAUUUUUUUUUAUGUAAUAUGUGUUUUUAAAGGUACGUUUUUCACUUGUUUUCAAUCUCACACUGAGAUCUUCUCUUAUCAAUUCUUGUAUUGAUUCUAACAAUUCAUUCGUACAUAUUUUUGCGCAGCCACUAUUUAAAAAAAAAAGUAAAUAGUGGACCUGUAUGCAAAAGGUAUGAAAAAAUAUUCAAAGCCUCUUAUUUAUUUGUAACUGAACUGCAAUAUAAUCGAUUUUAUUAAAUGAGGAUUCUGAUCUUGGCGAAAUUUUGCACUGAGAUACCUUGGAUCCUGGAAACGAACAUAGCAUACUUGUAGCCCGCAAGAACUAGCAAAUCCUUUGGGCUUCUUAAAAAUCAAAACAAACUGGGCCGAAGUUUUGGAUGGCUAGUAUAUUUGUAUAAAGAGAAAAAGAAUUACGCAUUUGUUACGCCAAUGACGUCAUUUGCAUAUUCAGUAGUCAGAAAUGGGUAUAGUAUAACUUGCGUUGAGAGUUUAUUAUAUAGGUUCAGAUUUCAGAGUGCUUUUAAAAGCGUUUGCAUACGACGACAUGUUCGAAGCGAAGUCGAAACGCGUUAGUCUCGUACAAGCUACGAACGAACAACAUUCUUUUUAAUAUAAUCUUACUUAUUAUAAGAAGACGUUUGUCCAAUCAAUAAAAGGUAAAUGAAAAUCUUGUUUGUUGUUAUUAAGAGUUUUAUAUUAAUAAAGAAAAGAUAAUCACAGAAUAAGCGUUGGUCAAGACUGAGUUGACAUUACACCCAUCUUGUCAUUUGGCACCCAUUACAAUCAAUACUGAAAGUUGUUUUUAUACCAUCCAUUGCACCAGUCUUUUAACUGUGUGGGUACGAGGGGUAAACAGUAAGAGUUAAAACUAUACUCGCUCCCCAGUUUCCAGGCUUGGUCAACCCUUUCAUCACACUUUGUUCAUGACGUGGACCAUAUUACAUUGGUAUAAGGCUCAUAAUACAAUCAUUAUUUUGUAAAAAUAAAAUGCGCGUGUUUUAUUCAAGAAUACAGCAUUUUUUGUUAUCUAUUUGUUAUCUAUUUGUUGGUAUGUCCCCGAUCUAGUUUUAAUUGUGACUCAGUGGUAAUUUGUAGGUCGUGUACCUCGCAUAACCUCCUCUGUUCAUAGAGGAUGGGUUUCGACUUAUCAUCAGGGUCCGUCAGUAAACAAUAUUAAAAAAAAAGACAGUUUUAAGUAAAAAUGAUUUACAUGUAUAUUAAAAUAAUGUAAUACAGAAAUCUUCAUUAGGGUUCGAAUCCCAAUUUAGCGGAUACUUCCGAGAGCAACAUGGUGGAACUUAACGAUAAAUCCCUCUCUCCCAUGAGAGAAGAGGAUAGAUUAAAAAAAUACCUGCUAAAGCUAAAUGUUUAAACUCAUAUUGUUAGAACCAGAAAGCGUGAAAUUGACCUUCACUAAAAGAUAGACUACGAUAAUUAAAGUAUAAAAAUCGCGAUGUACAAAAGAUACUGUAAGUAGGUAAAAAAUGUAUGCUAUGCUAGUAUAAAUAAAUGCUAAGACUUUAUAAUAUAAAUGAGAAGUAAUAAAUACUAUCUAGGCAA